GGGAGUGCUCGAAUGAACGACUGGCGGCGCGUAGCAGUGACUGCAGGCUGAGACUAUACCCGGGUAGGGUGCCGCUCUCCUAGCGGCCAGGAGCAGCAGGGCCAUGCUUCAGAGGGCGCUGCGGCUCCGCCUGGGCCCGUACCUCUCCGGACGGGGGCUAGGCACAUACAGAGGAGGCUCUACUCUGGACUGGGAUGGAAAGGUGUCGGAGAUCAAGAAGAAGAUCCAGUCCAUCUUCCCUGGCGGGGCUUGGAGCCCUCUGUAUGACACCAGCCACCUGCCCCCCGAACGCUCAGAUGUGGUGAUUGUAGGGGGUGGGGUGCUUGGCCUGUCGGUGGCCUACUGGCUGAAGAGGCUGGAGAAGCAGCGAGGUGCCAUUCGGGUGCUGGUGGUGGAGCGGGACCACACGUAUGCCCAGGCCUCCACUGUGCUCUCCGUGGGCGGGAUUCGCCAGCAGUUCUCAUUGCCUGAGAACGUCCAGCUCUCCCUCUUUUCGGCCGAAUUUCUACGGAACAUCAAUGAGUACCUGGCGGUGGUCGAUGACCCUCCCCUGGACCUCCAGUUCAACCCCUCCGGUUACCUCCUUCUGGCUUCUGAGGAGGGGGCUGCGAUCAUGGAAAGCAAUGUGAAAAUGCAGAGGAAGGAAGGAGCCAAAGUCUGUCUGAUGUCUCCAGAGCAGCUUCAGAAAAAGUUUCCCUGGAUCAGCACAGAGGGAGUGGCCUUGGCAUCAUACGGGCUGGAGAACGAGGGUUGGUUUGACCCCUGGUGUCUGCUCCAGGGGCUUCGGCGAAAGUUACAGUCCAUGGGGGUCCUUUUCUGCCAAGGAGAGGUGACACGUUUCAUCUCUUCUUCCAGCCACAUGGAGACUGGCAGCGGGGAGCAGGUGACUUUGAAAAGGAUCCAUGAGGUCCAUGUGAAGAUGGACCGCAGCCAGGAGUUCCAGCCUGUGGAGUGUGCCAUCGUGGUCAAUGCAGCGGGGGCCUGGUCUGGGCAAAUCGCAGAGCUGGCUGGUGUUGGGAACGGGCCGCCGGGCACCAUGCAGGGCACCAGGCUGCCCGUGGAGCCAAGGAAAAGGUAUGUGUACCUGUGGCACUGCCCCCAGGGACCGGGCCUGGAGGCACCGCUCGUCGCAGACCCCAGUGGAGCCUAUUUCCGUCGGGAAGGAUUAGGCAACAACUACCUGGGCGGCUGUAGCCCCACGGAGGAGGAGGAGCCAGACCCAGGGAACCUGGAAGUGGACUACGAUUUCUUCCAGGAGAAGGUGUGGCCCCGUUUGGCCCAGAGGGUACCAGCUUUUGAGACUCUAAAGGUCCGGAGCGCCUGGGCUGGUUAUUAUGACUACAACACCUUUGACCAGAAUGGCGUGGUGGGCCCCCACCCGCUUGUCGUCAACAUGUACUUUGCGACAGGCUUCAGCGGCCACGGGCUCCAGCAGGCCCCCGCCGUGGGGCGGGCUGUGGCGGAGAUGGUGCUAGAGGGCCACUUCCAGACCAUCAACCUGAGCCCCUUCCUCUUCAGCCGCUUUUACUUUGGAGAGAAGGCCCAGGAACACUGUAUCCUCUGAGCUCAGGAGCGCCUCAUGGGCCCGCCACCAACUCUAUUACCCUGGGCUCUGUUCUCGGCCAUGCUCAUACCUCCUCGCCACUUGGGCUCUCCCCAGCACCAAGCCAGGAUCUCCUCCACCCACCUCUCGUCCAGGGCACCCUGCCCCACAUGAGCCCAGGCCCAGGCUGACGGAGAACGAUGGGGCGGGACCCCAGGACUGAUCACAGCUCAGGUUGAUGCCUCCCACCAGUAGCCCAGCGGGACACAACACCUCAGGGGACCUGAGCACCAGGACCCAGGACUGGCUCCUUCUUGGUACCAACCCAGAGAGACUGCCUCUGCCUUUCUCCACAGAGCCCAGACCAGAAGCAACCUGGGGCAGCUUGGCUUAGGUCUAUUGACUUUUCUGUUUACCCUACUCAUUGAUCAAUAAAUGUGAUUAACUCCUUCCUUUUA